AUGGACAUUCAGUUCUGCUUCAAUCGAGGUAUCAUUGGAAACCUUGGUCCUGAUCAGUUUGAGCUCCUUAUUGAUAACCAAGUACUGGAUCACUUCACCUUACCGAAUCCGAGGACGAGUGUGCAUAACCCUGCUAAUUGGCUUUAUUUUGGUCAGAUUAUUGAUAGAGAGUCAUCUCCUAAAACUCCACAAGCCUAUGAACAUUUUGAUGAUGACAUGCAUGUAGCGGAAUCGAAAUCUGAACCUGACACUCCUCCUGGAUACUAUGACAUGAAUCCUCCCGAGGAUGAGCCUGUGCCUGAGUAUGAACCUAUGCCCGAAGAUGAGCCUGUGCCUGAAUAUGAGCCUAUGCCUGAAGAUGAACCCGUUCCUGAAUAUGAGUCUGAGACUCCUACUGGUUCACAAGAAGAUCAAUUCGAGGAUAUGACUGAUGUCGAGCCUGAACAACAACAUCCUGCUGCAUCUGCUGAAUUCGUGGCCCCGAGAAAUGCUCCUCCGAGAAUCGAGCUGCUUAUCAUUCGAUUACACAUGGCCAAGCUAUAG